GUUUCCUGCGAUAAGUCCCCGCUGAAGUGAAGACUGUGUGUCGUCACAUCAACUGCGGUCCUCUUGUUGGCAGUGUAACGUCGUGAUCUUUUGAAAGACAGUGAACAUUAUAGAAGUGUAGUGUUUCUGAAGAGUACAGUGCAGUGCUAAUAAUCGCUGGGAAAAAAAUCUGGGCACAGCGGUGUAAGAAUGUCUGCAGUACCGACGUCCAUACUGGGAGGCGUCCGUUGCUAAUUGUCUUUCAGAGAAAUUGCCGGGCUGUGUUACGGUCCGUUCUGGCCGAUGCAAGAAGGUCGGGUCAGAAUGAGUACGCUUUUGCCCUUCGCUCUGCUAUCGUGUCAUGAUGUAUGGCUGGUGGUGGUUCCGUGGCUCCUGGCGGGCUUGGGGAGGGCACAGGGCGACGCCACGCCCGUCAUAUGGGAAAACUUCAUCACGGACGGUACAGUUGUGAGUCUCUUGCGGGAAACGUCUCGAGGCAAGUGCCGCUCCUGAGUCUCCUCGGCGAAGGCUUCUUUCUCCAGCUGGAUAUCUACGGCACGUACACACCUCGCCUCCUGGGGCGGGGGCGUCCUUGCGUCCUACCGGGCAGCGAAUUGUACCGCGUCAAGGAAGGCAAAAAAGACAAGCAAUAUUUCGAGGUUUUGUUCGAGACUAUAACUCCUGAGGAGGUCACCAGCGCCGAGGAAGAAGGGAAAAAAAAGGAAGAAGAGGGAGAGGCAGAGGGGGAUAAAGAAGGUUUGGAAGAUGGAGAAGGGAAGGAGACGCCGAGGAAAGUCGCGACCAAGUGCAACUUCUCCACAGAAGGAGGGGGCUUCGUGAGACUCAAGUCUGGCUACGGAUUCCUCUCAUGCCGAGGCGAGAAGGACGUGGACGCCGCCAGGGCCGCCCUGCAGGCGUGGCGGAAGGACGUGCGGCGAGAGGAGGCUCGGGCGGCCUCCACCAAAAUCGCGGUGAUGGGCGGCAUCGGCGGCGGAAUGGUGGCGCUGGUGCUGUUCUGCGUGGUGUGCGUGAUGCUGCGCCUGCGAGCCACGAGAGGCCGAGAGCGCUCAAGGAGGAGGACCCGCCACCUCACGCCGCCUCGCUCUGCCAGCACGAGGCUCACCAACGACCCCAUGAGCUCCACGCAGCAAUCGGCGCUUAACUCGCGUUGAAGUGUUGCGGGGUGCACGCACAGGCUUCAAUACGGACGUUGUUCGUCCGGAUAAACCACAUUCAAAAACACGUGAUGUUAUCCGAUUGAUUAUAUUCUCUGACUAGCCUAAUUGCCUAUUACUAAUCCAGGAUAUGAAUAAACCAUUUUGAUAUUGCUAAUAACCCCGAGUGAAAGAAAACUCAAAAUGAUAGACCGAUUGUUGUUCAGAUUACAUUCACCCCAUUACAUAGCAACACAGAAUAUAACAUUUGUUCUGUAAUAGUGAUGCCACACCUACUUACUGUUAUUUUGGUUUGUAAAAAGUGAUCUUAUUGUCCUCGUUAGGUUCUAGAACAGUAGUUCUUAACCUUUUUUAGAGUCACCGAUUCCUUUGAGAAUCUGAUUGAAGCUAUGGACGCCCUUCCUCAAAAAUAUUCAUGUAAACACAACUUUGCAAGUCAUAAUGUGCUUUGUCUAUUAAUAUUUGAUUGUCUCAUACAUAUAUGAGAGACACAAAUUAUUAUUAAACUUUAAUGUAAAGAAUCUAAAAAAACAACAACAUUAAUAUAGAUAAUAACUUUAUCUGAUCGUCACGGAUUCCCAUCCACGGAAACCCCAAGUGUUCUUAGACCCAAGGUUAAGAACCCCUGUUCUAGAUCAUACAUCGAACUGAGAUGUUGCAAUAUGAGUAAAGCAUUAUGUGAUAAUUUCAUACGGUAAUAACUAGUCUUACAACAUGUUCCAUUUACACUAUAGUUAUUACCUUCACUUUCAUUUUCUAUCACAAUUCUCCUUUAUGUUUUGUCUUUCAUGAUUAUUGUGAAUAUCGCUUUUGUUACCAAUAGUUAAUUUAUUGCUACACCGAAUAUACUUUGAUGCCAUAAUUAAACUCUUUAAGUAUUCAGGUCUGAUAUCUCGUUAUUUUAAUAAAGAUAAUUAUUACGGUUUA